CCUCGCGCGGCUCACGCGCACCUUUCCAAACUUCAAAAGAGCCACCAGGCGGUCGCGCGCGGUGUGGACAUUUUAGCUUCCUCCCGGGAUGUCUAACGCCUCCUUCUUCAACUCCGGGACGGCGGAGGAGGAACUCGUCAUCAAUUCCACUUUCGGGACUCUCCUGUCCGUCGUGUACGUCAUCGGCGUGUCCGGGAACGUGUACACGCUGGUGGUGAUGCGUCACUCCAUGCGCUUCGCCACGUCCAUGUACAUCUCCAUCGUCAACCUGGCGCUGGCGGACCUCCUCUACCUGUCCACCAUCCCCUUCGUGGUGGCCACCUACUUCCUCAAGGACUGGCACUUCGGCGACGUGGGCUGCCGCGUGCUGCUCAGCCUGGACCUGCUGACCAUGCACGCCAGCAUCUUCACGCUCACCGUCAUGUGCUCCGAGCGCUACCUGGCCGUCACCAAGCCGCUGGACACGGCGCGCCGCUCCAAGAGUUACCGCAAGGCUCUGGCGUGGGGCGUGUGGCUCCUCUCGCUGCUGCUCACCCUGCCCAUGACGGUGAUGGUGGCCCAGACCACCGCCGCGUCCCCGGACGGAGGCGUGAAGAGGAUGUGCGCUCCCGUCUGGGCGCCCGUGGCGUACAAAGUCUACGUGACGGUCCUGUUCGGCACCAGCAUCAUGGCGCCGGGGCUGGUCAUCGGCUACUUGUACGUCAAGUUGGCGCGCACCUACUUGGAGUCGCAGCGCAACUCCGCCGUCGGCAAAGGCGGGAAGCGCUCGCCCAAACAAAAAGUUCUCAUCAUGAUCUUCACCAUCGUGCUGGUGUUUUGGGCCUGCUUCCUGCCCUUCUGGAUCUGGCAGCUGCUGCCCUUGUACCGCAGCAAGCCGCUGAGCUUGGCCUCGCAGACGCACACCUGGAUCAACUACCUGGUGGCGAGUCUCACCUACAGCAACAGCUGCAUUAACCCCUUCCUCUACACGCUCCUCACCAAGAACUACCGGGAGUAUCUGAAGAACCGCCACCGGAGCUUCUACCGCUACACGUCGUCGUUCAAGCAGCGGCCGCCCAGCUUGUACUCCUGCGGGAAAUCGGCCUCCUCCAGCAACCAGUUCGAGUUCAACUCGGAGACGCUCGUCAUGGGGACCUUCAAGUGACCUUUUUGG